GCGGGGGUGAAGUGAGAGGUUACCGGGACUCUGGGCGGAGGGGUCUCGGUGACUCUUGUUGCCCCUUCCCGCGACUGAACCUUGGGAGCCAUGGUGAACUUGGGCCUCUCCGGAGCCGCCGCCGCCGCUGCCGCCACCGCCGCAACCGUCUCUCAAGAGUGAGGGGUGCGGACGAGGUGAGCGAGGAGGCGGCGGCCGGGGCGGUGGGGACAGCAGCCACCAUGUCGGAUACGCGGCGGCGAGUGAAGGUCUAUACCCUCAACGAAGACCGUCAAUGGGACGACCGAGGCACCGGGCAUGUCUCCUCCACUUAUGUGGAGGAGCUCAAGGGGAUGUCGCUGCUGGUUCGGGCUGAGUCCGACGGAUCACUACUCUUGGAAUCAAAGAUAAAUCCAAACACUGCAUAUCAGAAACAACAGGAUACAUUAAUUGUUUGGUCGGAAGCUGAGAACUAUGAUCUGGCUCUAAGUUUUCAGGAAAAAGCUGGCUGCGAUGAGAUUUGGGAAAAAAUUUGUCAGGUUCAAGGUAAGGAUCCAUCAGUGGAAGUCACACAGGACCUCAUUGAUGAAUCAGAAGAAGAACGAUUUGAAGAAAUGCCUGAAACCAGUCAUCUGAUUGACCUGCCCACAUGUGAACUCAGUAAACUUGAAGAGAUUGCUGACUUAGUUACCUCAGUUCUCUCCUCACCUAUCCGUAGGGAAAAGCUGGCUCUGGCCUUGGAAAAUGAAGGCUAUAUUAAAAAACUACUGCAGCUGUUCCAAGCUUGUGAGAAUCUAGAAAACACUGAAGGCUUACACCAUUUGUAUGAAAUUAUUAGAGGAAUCUUAUUCCUAAAUAAGGCAACUCUGUUUGAAGUAAUGUUUUCUGAUGAGUGUAUCAUGGAUGUUGUGGGAUGCCUUGAAUAUGACCCUGCUUUGGCUCAGCCAAAAAGGCAUAGAGAAUUCUUGACCAAAACUGCAAAGUUUAAGGAAGUUAUACCAAUAACAGACUCUGAACUAAGGCAAAAAAUACAUCAGACUUACAGGGUACAGUACAUUCAGGACAUCAUUUUGCCUACGCCAUCCGUUUUUGAAGAGAAUUUUCUUUCUACUCUUACGUCUUUUAUUUUCUUCAACAAAGUUGAGAUAGUCAGCAUGUUGCAGGAAGAUGAGAAGUUUUUGUCUGAAGUUUUUGCACAGUUAACAGAUGAGGCUACAGAUGAUGAUAAACGGCGUGAAUUGGUUAACUUUUUCAAGGAAUUUUGUGCAUUUUCUCAGACAUUACAACCUCAAAACAGGGAUGCAUUUUUCAAAACUUUGGCAAAGUUGGGAAUUCUUCCUGCUCUUGAAAUUGUAAUGGGCAUGGAUGAUUUGCAAGUCAGAUCAGCAGCUACAGAUAUAUUUUCUUAUCUAGUAGAGUUUAGUCCAUCCAUGGUCCGAGAAUUUGUAAUGCAAGAAGCCCAGCAGAGUGAUGAUGAUAUCCUUCUCAUUAAUGUAGUGAUUGAACAAAUGAUCUGUGAUACUGAUCCUGAGCUAGGAGGUGCUGUUCAGUUAAUGGGACUUCUUCGUACUCUAAUUGAUCCAGAGAACAUGCUGGCUACAACUAAUAAAACUGAAAAAAGUGAAUUUCUAAAUUUCUUCUACAACCAUUGUAUGCAUGUUCUCACAGCACCGCUUUUGACCAAUACUUCAGAAGACAAGUGUGAAAAGGAUUUUAAAAUAAAACACUUUCAGCAUAUUGUUAGUUUCCUGUGCACCACUUCACAUUCUCACUUCACCCCCUUUAACUUUUUUUUAUUAGAUAAUAUAGUUGGAUCUAACAAAAACAGCACGAUUUGCCCUGAUAAUUAUCAAACAGCACAGCUGCUUGCCUUAAUUUUAGAACUACUCACAUUUUGUGUGGAACAUCACACAUAUCACAUAAAAAACUAUAUUAUGAACAAGGACUUGCUAAGAAGAGUCUUGGUCCUGAUGAAUUCAAAGCACACUUUCCUGGCCUUGUGUGCUCUUCGUUUUAUGAGGCGGAUAAUUGGCCUUAAAGAUGAAUUUUAUAAUCGUUACAUUACGAAGGGAAAUCUUUUUGAGCCAGUUAUAAAUGCUCUUCUGGAUAAUGGAACUCGGUACAAUCUGUUGAAUUCAGCUGUUAUUGAGUUAUUUGAAUUUAUAAGAGUGGAAGAUAUCAAGUCUCUUACUGCACAUAUAGUUGAAAACUUUUAUAAAGCACUUGAAUCAAUUGAAUAUGUUCAGACAUUCAAAGGAUUGAAGACUAAAUAUGAGCAAGAAAAAGACAGACAAAAUCAGAAACUGAACAGUGUACCAUCUAUAUUGCGUAGUAACAGAUUUCGCAGAGAUGCAAAAGCCUUGGAGGAGGAUGAAGAAAUGUGGUUUAAUGAAGAUGAAGAGGAGGAAGGAAAAGCAGUUGUGGCACCAGUAGAAAAAUCUAAGCCAGAAGAUGAUUUUCCAGAUACUUACGAAAAAUUUAUGGAGAAUAAAAAAGCAAAAGAAAGUGAAGACAAGGAAAACCUUCCCAAAAGGACAUCAUCUAGUGGCUUCAAAUUUACCUUCUCCCACUCUGCCAGUGCUGCUAAUGGAACAAACAGUAAAUCUGUAGUGGCUCAGACACCACCAGCAAGUUCUAAUGGAUCCUCUUCCAAAACUACAAACUUGGCCACAUCAGUAGCAGCCACCAAGGGAAGUUUGGUGGGUUUAGUGGAUUAUCCAGAUGAUGAAGAGGAAGACGAAGAAGAAGAAACAGCUCCCAGGAAAAGACCUCGUCUUGGCUCAUAAAAUAUUUAGUGAGGACCCUCAACGCGUGGUCUUACUAAAAUGCUGCAGCUGUUCAAUGAGCUGAAAAUCUGAAUCAGAAAGCUUUCUCACUUGAACUUAUAAAUAUACAAGGAGUAGCAAAAGAUACUCAGUAUAUCAGCUAGGAGAGUUUAGUUCUGUAAAAAACCAGGCUUCCCAGGAACUUGACUGCUUGCUAGUAAUUAAGGGGUUUGCCUUUCAGGCUGUCAAAAAAAAAAAAAAAAAAAAAAAGUUAGUAACCAGAACCUGGGAGAUAGCUUCUUCAUGAGGAGACUCUCAGGUUUGGGGAUGGCUUGGGGGAGGGAACAAGGUUGAUAAAACAAUAUUAAAUGCAGGGUUGCUCCAGGGGGGUAUCUGAUCUAGAAACAAUUACAAAACUUUAGUUACAAACCCAAUAACAUUACUUGUAUAAUGGUGCUGGCCAUGUUGUUCUUUUAAUCAGUUGCCUCUUUUUAAAAAAAUUUUUUAUGAAAACCAAAUUUACCUAUCGUAAAAAUGAAGUUAUGCUUUUGGGACCAUUUUUUGAAGAUUUAACAGAAAUUCAGCCUAAUAGGUAGUUAGAGGGAAGUACACUCUGUGUUACAGUACAUGUUGAGUUUUCUACACCAGAAAUUUUCAGUAUGUAUUUUGAUGAAAACAAACAAGCUGGAUUCAAAAUGGACAGUCUUGUUAAUAUAACUUUACAGCACUCUUAGAGAUAACUGAUGCCAAGAAUCAGUACAUUAGUAUUUUGAAAUGAUUUUCUCUAGAAACUUGGGAGUGGAUUGAACAGAAUGUUUCCAAGUGUCUCCCAGUAGUACGUACAAUCUUUUAUGCAAGAUACUUUGAAGUCACUUUCUGCUUUGUUCAUAAAGUUGUCUCUCUCUCUAGAGCUGCAAGCAAGUUUUAAAGUAUAAUUUAUAAAGACUCACAUACAAAGACUAGUGCUGAAUUAAGUGGCAUUUAAUAUCUAGAGGCCAUUUUGAUCCAAGAAGUUACUUCAGUAUCAAAGUCAGUAUGCAGCACAUGAAGUUUUCCCAUAAACAAACAAGGGUGUAAUAUGAAAGCUGCUUUUUUUAAAGAGUAAAAGCACAUUCCAUGUACGUAAAUGAAUUUAAAAUAAGUUGAGGCAAACAGUUAAGAGGUUUUAUUUUUAGAACAGCAAGUUAACUGUAAAUAUUUUUAAUGUUUGUUUGCUCAUCUAUGAUCUGAGAUCAUGCUGAAGUGAGAAAAACAUCCUCCAAACUACAAUUUAAUGCAUUGGGAAAAAAAAAAAACUAAAAAACAGGAAUCCCAGCUACAGUCUUCAGAUCACCCUUGUAAUGUGUUAUGGGUCCAUUUUUCCUGGAAUAGCUUAAACUGAAGCAGUUUCCCCUGUUUUGGAGAUUUUGUAGUUAAUUUUAAUUUUGGCUAUUGUUUGGAAAAGAUGGGCUGUCUGUGUAGAUAUGAAGUAUAGUUUUUCCAUAAAACAGAUGUUUAUUUUGUAUUAAAAAUACCACUGUACUUGUUUUACACCAUUUGUAUACAUGUGGUGAUAUUAAUGCUGAACUGUAAAAUUCAGGAAUUAAAAUGUGACCCUGUAAUUCUAUGAUUGUUGCUUUUGUUUGGUUUGUUGUAAAUAUAAGUUAUCUCCAUUUUGAGAUUUGUUCCAUUUUAUAGUAUCUUUUAAAAGCCAAUAAAUUAUCCAUAGAUAUUUAUUAUAAACCACUAAGUCCUACACCAGUCUGAAUGAAGUAAUAAUAAGCAAACGAAGGUUGACUGCACUUUAAGAAUUAUUGAUUGUACUUACAGAAGGUGUGCCUUGGGCAAAUGAAGUCUCAACACCAAAACAUCACAGCAUGGGGCUAGUCUCACCUCUUUGAUUAAAAGUACAUAUAAUGAAAAAGACCUCCCACUUUAUAAGGCAAGUGCCUCAGGAUACCCUAAUUUAAACCAAGAUCAGUAAAGUUACCAUCUGAAUACAGUUUUUUUCAAGCAAGUCUGUGAAGCCCCUUUCACUCUUCUUAGCUCUUAAUUUCUUCUUGUCAUCUAAGAAGCCCAGGCCUAAAGCAUUUCCCUAUUUACUCUUGACUCUUCCUGAUUAAGUAAUUUUAAAGUUCCAGUAGGAAGUAUUAUCUUUAUACCUUAUGAAGAGUUUAAUUUUCCUUUCUGAAGAAUUGCCAGGAGUCAAACAUUUAAAUCAUCAUCAUCUAGGAACCUUUCUUACCGCAGAAAUGUGUUUUGUUGACUUACAGGAUAACAGUUUUCAUGGUACAUAUGCUCACCCACAAUGAUAUAAAAACAGGGCUUAAAAUAUCCCUUGAAAGAAUAACUAUUAAGUUUCCACAUGUUAGCUGCUGUCUUAAUGACUACCCUCAGGCAGAUCAGGAUUUUUAUAUCUCUAUCAUCACUCAGUGAACCAAGCCAGAGCCCACAUUUGUAUGCCUGAGGUUCUCUUAAAAUUAUAUCUGUAAACAUGU